GUCCACCAACCACCGCGGGCCGGCGAGCGCUGAGCUUAUUGUACUGUUGUUCUAAAAGUAUAUUGGGGAAAAGUAUCGAAGGGAGAUAGGAGGGGAGGGACACUGACCGCUCCAUGGGAAGCUCACUAGUAAAACCGGGAAAGCAAAACAGUUGCAGCAGCUCUCGUGUUUGUUUGGGGACGGCGCUACGCCACGCCAUCUCCUCAGCGCUACCUUCUUCUUGUUCCUCUUAUCGAGCAGCUUCCUCAUAAGCCGUGCGAUUUCUGGGCUCGUCGUCACUUCACAGCGAUCCCCUGCCAGUGCAAGACAGCCUCGCUGCGCUCGCUGCUCGCCGUUCUACCGCCAACGCCAUGAAGACCAUCUCGUUCCUCGUCGUGCUGUCGUGCGCCGGACUCACCCUCGGCGACUGGGGGCAGCUCUUGCAGCCGAAGAAGUUUGACGCUUGCAAGGAGUACGCCGUAGGAUUCAACGGACUGGGUCUCUUUGUGCCGCUGCUGGGUAGAGAGGAAUACGGAGCACCGAAUUCGACGAUCACGUUCGCAGGGGGUCCUAUCGUCGGCGGCGUCCCCCUACCCUCCGACGGCGUGUUCAGAUGCCGCUGCCGGGGCACGUACCAGUUCACGUUCACCGCGCCGUCCACGGUCAAGCUGUGCCUCAAGAGUCGGUACCCGGUCGACAACGAGUGGGACAAGCAGGCGUGCGGCCAGCAGCACACUGUCCUGAAGUACGUGCACGCCGGCGAGGAGGUGGCCGUGUACGUGGAGAGCGGCAACCUGCUCGACGCGGACCGCGAUAGCUUCGGCUUCACCGGCUUCCUGGUAUAUCCCGACUAAAAAAUGGUUUCGCCCAAACGAAAAUUGUUUCGUAUGUGUAUCGGAUUUGUGCCAUAUUUUGCCUGCCAAGUACAAAUACAGUAGUAUUAAAAGAAUAUCGAACUAAAUUAAACGCGGUAUACAUAAUUUCACUCCUCCCCUCAAAAAAACAAAAACAAAACAAACCUAACAGCUUCAGCUUCUCCGGAACUAUUUUGGUUAGCUUUCCAGACAGC